CCAGAAGUGAGGACUUGUGGCUCCCCGUCCCGGAAAAGACACAAGAGGACACAGGAGUCAGAGACCAUGAUCAAACGCAAACUGAGCUUCAAGUGGUUUGGUAGUCUCACCAACCUCCGGCGGAAAUCAGACACUCAGAAGGACGAUGUCAAAGAGGUGUCCACCGACGAUAUGGGCAUGCAUCCACGCAGCCCGAGCUAUGCCAGCUCCAGUGAAAUGUACACGCACAUGGGCACCAUGCCGCGUCACCCGAAGAAGGACAAAAGCUUGAAGAAGAGCAAGUCCAAGGACAAGACCAACCUCAGUCGGAGUCAAAGCAUGAGACCUCCACAGGACCAUGUCGUUGAUUCCCCACUUCUCAGCGUACUCUCCGGGAAGGGCCUGGAGGCCCUGGAGAACCCCAUCUCAGAGGACAAGCCAGCUGCAGGAACCAGAGAUAAUCACAUUCAGAAUCGUGACCUUCCACCUCCACCGACUAUGGAUGGACACUCAACAAAGCUGAAAGAUGAAGAUAAGGAGCCAUUAGUUGACUCCAAGCUACAUGUUGAUCCACCAAAUGCAUGUCUAGAAUCUUCACCAGGUCUAAGUCAGAGCAAAGAGCCAGACAUCCAGCCAGUGCUGCCCAAGAAGAGACAUAAAGAAGGAGACACCUCCAUGAAGGAUGCUGAGGAGCUCCAGGUAGAUUUGAUUCAGUUACCUCUGAAACACGGCAGUCAGGUGGAGCAGAAGCAAGCAGUAGAGGAAGAUGCUAAAAUAGAAUCAGACUGCAAACAAGACAGUCAAGAAGAGAAAAAGCCUAACAGACAACUGAACACCACAGACAACCAAGGAGAAUAUGUGGAAUUCUCCAAGGAGAAGUACCUGCUGGAGUCGCCCCCGGAGAAGCUCAGGAAAGAGCUGGAGGAGGAGCUCAAACUCAGUAGCAGUGACAUGAGGAGCCACGGCUGGUACCAUGGCCAUAUUCCACGAGAGGCUUCAGAAACUUUGGUUCUGCGUAGCGGUGACUUCCUCGUACGGGACUCCCUGUCGACCAUGGGUGACUAUGUCCUCACAUGUCGCUGGCAGCAGGAAGUGAUCCAUUGUCGGAUCAGUAAAGUCCUGGUCAAAAGCGGGCAAACCAAAAUCCAGUACAUGCUGGAGCAUGAGAGCUUCGACUCUGUCCCCACGCUGGUCAGGCACCACUCUGGCACGGGUCGAUCCGUGUGCCCACGCACUGGAGCUCAGCUGCUGUGUCCGGUCAACCGAACGUUGCCGCUGAGGUACCUGGAGGCGACGUUUGCUUUGGCCGGUGGGAGACCGGGAUCUGCACAUUCACCAUCGACCCAGAGGGGGGCGCACAUCAAGAGACGAAGUGUUACUAUGACGGAUGGACUGACGACGGAGAAGAUCAUUCCUCACAGUGCGACACAGUCUACAGAGCCAGAUGAGCCUCAGACAGUCGAGCCAGUGGUGAAACCAGCGGAGGGAAGCAGCUGCCCUUCUACAGUGCACCAUAAGGAUGCCAUGAGGAACUGCGCCAUGAGCAUGGAUCAGAUCCAAGAGUACCGCUGCCCGCUGUCCCCUGUGGGGGAAACACCUCUAUCACCUGCCUACAGCUCCAUUUCCCGCCACAGACAUGGCUCAGGAGGGCGUGUCCUCGCCGUGAUCCCGCCUUCUCCAGUGAUGCGCCGCUCCAGCGAUCCCCAUCUCUCACCAUCCUCCUCCAAUAACAACCUUCCCUGCUCAGACGCGCCCCCCAGCACCCACUCCACGCCUGCCCACGGUUACCCGUCUGAGCGUUCAGAGCAGGGCGGCAGUUACUGUGAGCUGAGACCCGGUCAAGCCCCCAUUCCUCCCUGCAAGAGCUACGUAGAGAGGCUGAGGGUGGAGGAGAGCCAAAGCCCAGGCUCUGGAGCCCCAGACGGGGUGGAGGGCUUCAUGCUCCCCCUGGUGGAGACCACCUCCUCCUUCAAGCCUGGGAAAUACCAGUCUACUCUUCUGCCAGCCGAGAAUAAACCUCUGGAGAUGAGCGUGUUGAAGAGGGUAAAGGAGCUGCUGGCGGAGGUGGAUCCCAAAACAGCCGCCAAGCACAUCACCAAGGCAGAUUGCACGGUUGCUAGGAUACUGGGCGUUACCAAGGAGAUGCAGAGGAUGAUGGGAGUGAGCUCGGGGCUGGAGCUGCUGACUCUUCCGCAUGGACACCAGCUGAGGCUGGAUCUGCUGGAGAGGUUUUACACCAUGUCUAUAAUGAUGGCGGUAGAUUUGUUGGGUUGUACGGGCAGCACAGAGGAGAGAGCCGCCCUCCUGCAUAAAACCAUCCAGCUGGCUGCUGAACUCAAGAGCAACAUGGGCAACAUGUACGGAUUCGCUGCGGUCAUGAGAGCCCUGGAGCUGCCGCAGAUCUCACGGCUCGAGCAGACGUGGAUCACACUGCGACAGAGACACACAGAAGGUGCAAUCCUCUAUGAGAAGAAACUCAAGCCAUUCCUGAAGGCCAUGAAUGAUGGGAAAGAGACCUGUGUCCUCUCGAACACCUCUUUCCCUCACGUGGUGCCGGUGUUGUCGCUGCUGGAGCGUGGUGUGGCGGCAGGCGAGGCGCUGGAGUCCUGGGAGAGCGUAGAGUCUGGAGUGGACGUGGUCAUGAGUCACCUGGAAGCAGCACGAACCAUCGCUCACCAUGGAGGACUGUAUCGCACCAACGCUGAGAGCAAACUACAGGAUUUCCAGGAGCGGAAGGAGGUGCUGGAAAUCUUCUGUACAGAGUUUCAAAUGAGGCUUUUAUGGGGCAGUCGUGGCUCUGAAGGAAGCCAGGCCGAGCGCUAUGAGAAGUUUGACAAGGUCCUCACCGCUCUGUCCCACAAGCUAGAACCUCCUGUACGACACAGUGAAUUAUAGCACCCCCGCACCCACAAAUGGUAUGAUCCCUGACCUUCCUGUCACUCCUACUCCUGGACCGGACCAUGCUUUUUUUUGGGGGGGGGGGGGGAAUGGAGAACAUGACAUUGAGGGACUCACUCCACUAAACAAGGCACAAAAGAGGACAGGCUUUAUGCGAGCAUGAUAGCAGCCCCUAAAGAACACAGUCGUGAACUGCAGCAAUGGAAUGAAAUAAAAAUCUAAAGCCAAAAUCCCUUUUUCAGUGGUGACCAAGGGCACUUCCUUUUCAAUCAAGAGGGAAUGGGAUGAAGUGCAAGUUGACUUUAACCCUAAUAGGUCUGAAUCCUGUUUUAUGUGAAUCCAUAAUUUAGUUUCCGUCAGCUUUUAUGUCGACAAAAAGCAAAGAUGUCUUGCAGAGGUGACGCGUCUCUGUACUGGAGAUGAGACUGCAUUGACGUUACAUAGUCACGAUUUAUUGCUGGAAUAGACUGAACACAUGCUCACUUUUAAAAUGUCUGAAUGUAAGUUGCCAAACCAUGAAUUCAAACAGAUGUCUGCUGGAUAAAGAGUCUUAUUUUUUGCUCAUUUUUUGGGUUCACUUCCGUGCUGUUGUUUUUUCGGUAUUGUCAUGGCUUUAUCGAUAGAAAUGGAGUCGACAGUUACGGUAAGAAAUUGGGCCUUCCUUUUUAAUGAGUUUGUAACAGAUGCUCACAUUCACACUCUCUGCAGGUCUGACAGCAUUGCUUCUCAGAGCGCGUUGAUGUCUGUAUGUGUUAGAGAAGAAGUGUAAGGUAGAAGACAUGCCUCUCUUUCUGUCAUUCUGGGUGUUUUAUUUUUGUCUGAAUAGGUCAUAUCAUUAGGAAUGAGACUUUCCUUAUUUGUAAUUACAGAGUUCAUUAUAUAACGAUCAGAAUUUAAAAAUCCAGUGCAAAAACAAAAACGCAUUUAUUGAAACUUGGCAAGCUCAUUAACAUAUGACUACCCACUUCACAUAUUGGGUGUGCAGUCAUUCUCCUAAAACCCAGAAGAGCUAAUGAUAAGAGUAAAAUUGUGAAAGUGGUGAAAUCCACCACAUAUUGUGAUGUUUUUGGCUGUGUGUAGCACCUACUGCUCUGCAGAUCCUUCAAAAGGAUCCCAAUGCUGGAAACAAGUUAAUUUACAGCACAUUGUUUUAUGGAUCAGUUACAUGGGGCAGAGUAAACCAUAUUAGCAACCCCACCGCUCAUGUGUUUCUCAUUUCACAUGCAAAGAAGUACAUUUGCAUAAAGUCUUAAAGGCACAGCAGCACAAAAACAGCACGUUUAAUUCCAACAUCAGAAAGAGGGUGGAAACUGACAUGAAAAACUAAAUUAUUAUCCUUUGGACUUUAAGAAAAUUCUAAUUAAAUUAUUUAAGAGACCCAUAUAGCUAAACUUUACAGAUCAAGUCCAUGUCCAGAUCAUCUAUUGCAAGUCAACAAAGACAUUUGAUUAUUCAUUCAAACAUUCAAAGUAAUGUUAUAGCAAUACGUUACAAACUAAUAUAUAGAGGAUCAUUGUGUAAGUGGUUUAUGCUAAUGCAUAUUGAUCAUAUUUAAGAUUAGAAGUUUUACUAAAACUCACUAUUUUGAUGCAUAAAUCAUCCGUUUGUCCAACAGAUAUGAAUUAUACCUCAUACAGUACAAAUCUGUUAAGGAGGGUGGGCUACUUUUCUAAGUUAUCAUACAGUUUUCACUUUGGUGGGUAAUAAAAGCCCUAAAAAUCCCAGAGUUGAAUGAGGGAUUGGAUGUGGACUCUUGAUUUAGGCCAGUAAGUAGCCAUCUAGCAACCACCCAAAACACCAUAGCACGACUCUUGUAUGAGUACCAUUCACAUUUUCAUGGAAAAACAAAGUUUGAAAGAGUUCAGCUAAUAAUAGCAACAUGCUCAUUAAAUUCAGAUAGUCCAAUACUGUUUUCGUAUUCUGGUAGAUUUAGCCAAACAAAACCCAAAGUCACAUACAUAUACCUCUAUCAACAGUGUAAAUGUUCUACCCUUAUUUCUGGGUACCGUAAAGAGAAAAGUUGUAGGUAUCUGGUUCUAACGCGACCUAUUGUGUAUCAUAUACAGGCUGCUAUACUUCACACCCAGUCUAUCGAUGCAUAUUUCCAGGGAAUUUUCUGAAGGUAUUUUUCAGGUAUCUUAAUAAAGGCACAUCUGAAAGAAGACGAUGCUGUCUGUCACAGAUAGGGGAGGGAUGAAAAGUGGAUCAUAUGCAAUUUCACUUUUAGCCAGCAGAGGGCUCUGUUUAGUAAGGAAGUAAGUUUUGAACCUUUUGAACCUUUUUUUAAUGAGGCCUGCUGGCCUAGGACUGUAUCUUGUAUUUGGUUUCUCUACUGUAAAGGUAAACGUGUGACUAUUUCGUUUUGUAAAUAGUUACCCCUAAACAGUCGAUGAUAGACGAGGUGGACGAGGUCACGUGAUUGCAUCCUUUUAUUAUGUGCUGUACAUACUGGUAUGUCAUAUGUUUUGCACUCUUUUUUCAGAAAAUAAAAUACAGUAAGCUUG